AAAAAUAUAUACCUAUGAUGAAAAGUGUUCAUUGAAAAAAAAUUGUGUGGAAUUUUUUUAUUUUUUGUUAAAAAUAUGAUUCUUGUGUAUUGCAAAUGGCGUGUCUAGAGUGUUGUGACGUCUCCAACAUGAGGUUGUGAUGAAAUUCCAAAAUUUUGAAGGAUGUGAAAAAGAUGAAAGGAAGAAAGAAAUUAAAAAAAGAAAAAGAAAAAUGAGAUUUUCCAAAACCCAAGAAACAAAGAUGUGAAGGAAAAUUACUUAAUGACGUGUAUCUCAGAAAUCCAUUGCCAUCGUUGCCUGACUGCCAUUCGGCCAGCAACAACAACAAUAACAGGAAAACUUACUUUUGAUGCCAAGCAACCCAAUACGGGAGACGACGAAACCAAGAAACAAACAAACAAUUUAUUUGCUGUUACUACACAAACUCACCGCUGUAGAAACCCCUUGCCUUGCUCCGUCCUCCAAAUCUCCUAUUCCGUUGUCCUCCUUUUCAAUCAAUCGAAAAAAUUCCAUUCAACCGGACAAAAAAAUUAUAACAAAAUACAAAGAAGCGAAGACGAAGUUAAAGAAGAACAAGAAGAAUAACAACAACAACAACAACAUAUUUCCAAGCUAAACGAAAUUGUAUUGAAUUUACCAAAAACUUGCAAAGUUAGUGAAGUGGUAUCGUGAUUUGUUUUCAAAACUCUGUGUGUUUUUGAAUUUUUAUUGCCAACAAAAAGAAAAACCCGUUGCUGCUUGAUCGACAAAACAACAAAUCAAAUCAACAAGUUGGAGUCCAAAAGCGAUAACCUGGAGAAAAUCUCAAGCAAAUCGAAAAAUAUGCAUACGUUCGGCGAGACAGGGGCUGGGGUGCCGGCCUUUUUGGCCAAACUUUGGCGUUUGGUUGAAGAUCCCGAAACGAAUAAUUUGAUAUGUUGGAGUAAGGAUGGAAGAAGUUUCAUAAUACAAAAUCAGGCACAAUUCGCCCGAGAAUUGUUGCCACUCAAUUACAAACACAACAACAUGGCCUCGUUCAUACGACAGUUGAAUAUGUAUGGUUUCCACAAAAUCACCUCCAUCGAUAAUGGUGGCCUGAAAUUCGAUCGUGAUGAAAUGGAAUUUACCCAUCCCUGUUUCAAGCGCAACUGUCCAUAUCUCUUGGAACAUAUUAAACGUAAAAUUGCCUCAACCAAGUCCGUGGAUGACAAGUCGGCAAUGAAACCCGAAGCCGUGAAUAAGGUUCUGCAAGAUGUCAAGGCCAUGAGGGGGCGUCAGGAUUCGUUGGAUUCACGUUUUUCGGUUAUGAAACAGGAAAAUGAGGCCCUGUGGCGUGAAAUUGCUUCGCUGCGCCAGAAACAUGCCAAACAACAGCAGAUUGUCAAUAAAUUAAUACAAUUCCUGAUAACAAUUGUCCAGCCGCAGCGGAAUAUGACCGGCGUAAAACGUCACAUGCAAUUGAUGAUCAACGACACACCCGAUAAGAUGAAAUUGCGCAAGGCCAGUGAAUCGGAAUCGGAUUGUGGUCCAGUCAUACAUGAACUGGGCGAGGAGCUAUUGGAUGAGGUAUCGGAAGUUGAACCAGAUCUAAUGACAUCCGGUAGUCCAUUUCGCCAGAACUCAACAACCCCAACCACCACAGAGCCAGAUGCAGCUGCCUCACCACAACACAUUGAACGUCCCCAUUCAAGCGUUAGCUUGUUGUCACAAAACUAUGACUAUUCCAAUCAAAGCGGUGAUGAUGCCAGUUUGGGCUACAUAAGUCCCAGCCUCAAUAACUCAUCAUCGUCCAACCAAAAGGAGUUGGUUCAAGCCGUCAAUACCACAGAUGGUUCAAAUAUUUUCUAUCACAUUACCGAGGUACCAGAUGCCCAUCCCCAAGAGCCGCCGGCACCACCAAUCAACUACAAUGAUGACAAUGUUUUGACCACACCCAUGGUAAGGGCCGAAGAAAUGGCCCGCACACAAAUGUUACGGCAGAAGAAUCGUCAAAGACGCAAGGAAAUGGUUGCCUCUCCAGACAGCAUGAGCUCAGGAUCACCCAAGGGCAACAACAACAACAACAGUGAUGUCACAAAACCCAAACAACAACGUUUACAACAAAGACCACAGCAGCAGCAACAACAACAGCAGCAGCAGCAGAUGCUCUCACAGGCCCAAGAAUUGCCCCAACCCCUACAAAUUAAAUCCGAAGAUGAACCCUUGGAUCCCUUGAUCUUUUUGAAUGUGUAUCCCGAUAGCAGUGGUGGCAUGACACCCGAUCCCAAUUUGAUUUCACCCAAUCUCAGUGAGGAAUCACGUCAAUCAUCGGCCACAAAUGGUGCUGGCAACUACAUGCUAAAGAGCCCAUCCCUCAGCCAAGGCGCUGCUGGUAACAACAGCAACAGCGGUGCACGUGUAUCACCCACUGAAAAUAAUCUCUUGACAGCUGGCACCACCACCACGAACACCAACAAUGAUUUAUACAAUCCAUCAAAUUUCAUUACCAACGAUAUGCCAGCUGAAAUAUUUGAGGAUAACACCCUGAUGUCUGCUGGAGAUAACAGUAAUUUCGAUGACAACUUCAAAUUGAAUCUACAAGAACAAUUUGGAAGGUCCACCGUUAAUAGUGGUAAAUUUUCCUCAUACAUGGCCGGUAAUGGUAAUGGUGGUGUUGGCACACUUGCCACUGGAGGAAGCGCUGGCCCCUCAACAUCGGCUGCCUCUGUGGGCUUGUUAACAAAUAAUACGAACAACAACAAUAAUGGCAACGGCAAUAACUCGGACACAAAACCCUCAACAUCGAAAUCAUCGAAUGGUAACAUGACCUUGACAAAAUACAACAGCAGCGGCAAGCUACCUUCCAAUGAGGAUAUAAUGCGGUUGAGUACAGCCUCUGAGGUAAGCGGCCAUUUGGAAAUAAUGCAAGACGAAUUGGAAUCGUUAAAGGAUCUGCUGCGCAGUGAUGUCUACUCGUUGGAUCACAACACAUUGUUGGGCUCUUUGAAAGGAUGCAACACCGGCACUCCGGCAACAGCAGGCAUGACGGCAACAAAACCAUUUACGAAGUUAAAUAUAUUUGAGAACAAUAAUAAUAAUAUAUUUUUGCCGCCAACUAUGGAAGCGGAAUUACUACAAAAGCUUUUUAAUGAUUCCGAAAUUUUGGGCAUGGGUGCAUAUGGUCUACAUUUACCCAAAGACACCACUAAUGAUCGUAAUGGUUCUGAAUUAAUGGCCUACCAACCAAUGUAUGAUCUGUCAGAUAUCAUCAAUGAACAAAGUGAUUUGGAUGCCGAUAACAAUUCAAUGAUGAGGCCACAAAUAACCCAAGAACCAGAUAGUUCAACAAAACAGAAUGAUGUUCAGCCCAGUUCCGGUUUAAAUACGCCGUAUCAUGAGUAAAUCAACCGCCCCAGGCUUCACACAAAGAAAGUGAUAAAAUGGUUGAUUGAUUGAUUGCUUUUUUUUUGUUACGAUAAUGGGGUCUUCAAAAAAUAUUAAUCACAGCAGUAGGGCCCCCGUAUCUAUAUUCAUAAGAUAAUAAUAUUUUACAUAAUAAUAUAUAUGUAGUUCUAACAACAAUUCAUAACUAAUAUUUAUGAAUACUUUUGAUGAUUGUUUAACAAAAUAGAAAUGACAACAUGUGGAAACAGGCAUAUUUUAUAAUAAUAAUAAUAAGUUUUUACACCCUUAGAUAUAUAUACACAUAUACAUAUAAAUAAUAUUCUAUAAAUAUUAAUACAAAAAAUAUAACUUUUUAAGUUUUGUUUUUUUUAUGUAUAAAAAAAUAUGUUUUUUAAAUAUAAGAUUGUUUUACUGUAUAAAAAACCACUAAUUUUAGAAAGAAAAAAAAAUUGAAAUAUUUUUUUUUUAGUUUUACAUCACAUUUUUAAUAGACCAGACAUUUCAUUGAAGAAAUUUGAAAUAUUUUUUUUUUUAGUUUUUGACCACAUUUUCAGUCAAAAUACGAAGGAAUUUUAAAUUAUUUCAGCAGAAAUUUUAAAUAUUAUAUUAUAUUGUGGUCAAAAACACCACAUUUUCUGUUGAUAGAGAAUAAUUUUUUAAUCAUUUUAGUUUUUGAUUGGAUUUUUUUCUGUAAUUUUAAACCACAGAAUAAAUUUAAAAUAUAUGUUUUUUUCAUUCAGAAUUUCAUUAUAAGUUGGCUCAGAAAAUUUUUUUAUGACUUUUUUGUUUAAAAAAUAUAUUUUUAUUCGAUUUGAAAUGUAAUUUUAAAUUAUAAAAAACUAAAUUAUCUGAAGCAUUUCGAUUUUUUAAUAUUGAUUUGAAGGAAAUUUUUCGAAAAUGUUAAAAUAAUAGUUCAGGGUUUGGGUUCUUGUUCUACGGAAAUAUGAAAUGAAAAAUCGUUUCUUUAGAAAAUUGUUAAUUUGACAACUCUUUCCUUUCUGAAAGUUUUCAUUUCACAUCUUCAUAGAACAAGAGCUAAAAGUGGGAAUACAUAAAGUGCUUAUCUGGCUGGCUCAAGUAAUCGGCUGGCUUCUUCAGAAAUGAAAAAAGGAACCUAGGGCCAAAAUCGAACUAAGUCAACCUAAAACUCCUUUGUUCAUCUACGAAAAAGCCGAUGACUUAAACCAGCCAAAUAUGCGCUUUAUGUAUUUUCACCCUAAGCCCCAGAUAAUUGAAGUCAAUUUUUUUUAAUUUUAAAACCUAUAUGGCUAUCAGAAGAGGAUUUUGAACGUAUAUUUUUGGAAAAAAUUUACUUUCAAAUAUUUUUUGUUUUUUUUUUUUUCAUUUCUCAUGCAUUUUUAAUACUGAUUUGAUUGACAACUAAUUCCAGCACAAUUUUUGAAAGGUUUUUAUUUUAAAUUUUGAAUCACAUUUUCUAAUAAAUCGUAAUGUUAGAAAAGAGUUUUUAAAUUUGUUAUCUCUCUCUCUCUACCUCUCUCUUUUAAAUGGAUUAUUACUUGAAAGAAAUUGAAUGUUGUUAAAUUUUGAAUCAUUUCUUUACCCACAAAUUUUAGUGGACCACACACCAAAAAGUGGGAAAUUUUAAAGAAGACUAUUCAAAAUAUAAACUUCCUGUGAUUUUUCUUACUCCUCCCUAUCGAUCGACAGAAAAGAUGGAUGGAGUUUGCCCUUAAAUAACGCUGUCAUGCCAAAUUCAUUUAAUUUUCAUAUCAGCCUCAGCCUUGUGAAAAAAUUGGGCGCGGAGUAAUUUUUUGAUGCAUAAAAGAAAUUUAUUUCAAAGCAUCUCAUGAUAAUGCCCAGUUUAGAGAAAAGAUUUUUUUUAAAUAAAACACUUCAAACUUGGCACCAUUUUAAGCAACAUAGGUUACACAAGGUACGGAAAAGGCCCAUACGCGUUGUCAUCUUCAUAUUUUUUUUUCUUAAUUAGAAUUGCAGGAAUUGUGAUUUGAGGAAAGCCCUAUAAAUUGAAAAAAAAAAAAAUCAAAAGAUCGGAAUUCAAAACACCGGAUAUAGAAUUUUUUUCUGGACUAUUAAAUAGAAUCAUGGAAAAGUAUUCAAAGGCCUUUUAUAUCCCGGCGUUUCAUUUAAGGAAAUUUUAAUUUUUAUACACAAAGCAAAGAUUUCUGCUCAAAGGUCUUCUAAUUAUCCCCUCCCCUUUCCCCCCCCUUUUAGUUCCCAACGCGCUUAGGGAUUUUAAAAUAAAAAAAAAAGUCUUCUAACCUAAAAAAUUUAUAGAAAAUACUCAGAAAACCUUCUGGAGGUUUUGUGGUCAAAAAACUGUUUAGAACUAUUCUAACACUGGCAGUACUUCUUAAGUUGCCCUAAAGACAGAAAUGCCUUUUAGAAUAUUCUACAAAACGAGGACCUUCAAGAUAUCUUCUAUGUAAGAGUACAGGUCAUCUGCUGGUACUUCCUGAAAUUUUAUUUGAUUUUUUAUUCGUAGAAACCCACAUAGAAAAAUAAAUCCUCUUCAUUUUUUUAAAAUUAGUUUCUUCUCGUAAUUUUUCUAUGGCCACCUCUUACUCCAAAUUAUAUUUCUAUCCCCUUUAGAGCAAAACAGUGGGGACAUUUUUUAGAUUUACCGAUAAUAGUCGAGGAACUUGAAAAUUGAACAUCACAUUUUGUUGACCUUUGGUUGCCAACAAUAUUAACGGCAUACUCCCAAAGAAUGAAGGUAUUCAAGACACUUUUUGUUACAAAUAUAAACAUCGUAAUACCGAAAACCACACACAAGUAAAGUGUGAAAUUUUUUGAUGAGAACAAUUUGAAAAUACCAAUAAAGCUGGCCAUAGACGAACGAUUUGUUGGUGUGAUUUGCAAAUUUAUUGCUGCGAUUUAUUGCAUAUCGUUUCUCCACACACGUUCGAACAAAUCAUAAUUCGGCCGACGUUGAAGAGUAAGCAUAUGCUACGAAGCGGAUGAUGUUCAUUUUGUGUUUGAACUUCGGUUUGUGCUUCUGUUUGAAUUUUGUGGCAGAAAAUUUUUUAUUUAACAAUUGGUUUUUUCUGUUGAUAGGAAACUUAAAAAACAUGUGCGACGAUGCUGUGGCUGAUGCAGCUGCGCUUUUAAUUAUAUAUACAUGUUUCGACAUGGAAAAUAAAAAACAAGAAAAGAAAAAAAUCGAAAAAAAAAGAAAAAGAAAAUGGAGUGAAGAGUGGCUGCUCGAAAGAAAAAAGCAUUCCCAUGUAGCAACGCUCAAAAAUAUGGAAAUGCUUACUCCAAGGGAUUAUAAAAAUUUUCCAUUUUGUUACGAGUUUUUCCCAUGAUUUUUGUUUUUCUAAUUUGUCUUUAUAUUUUUCACUUUUUGUUUGCCAAAUGGCAUUUUCAUUUUUUAACACAUCAAAAAAUUCUAUCAUAAAGUCCUUUCGUUACAAUGGUUGAAGAGCAACUGAAAUGGCAAAAUGGCUUAAAAUUUGCGCAGUAGCCCACACACGUAUGAUUUGUUUGCCAACAAAUUGCAAGUUUUUGAAAAUUCUCAAAAACUUGCAAUUUGUUCGCAAACUACCCCACAGACGUAAAAACGCGACCACAAACCCAACAAAUUGCUCGAAUUUAUCGUUCGUCUAUGGCCAGCUUAAUAGACGAGGAACUUGAAUGUGAAACAUGAAAUGUAUUUGACUUUUGGUUGUCGACAAUAUAAACGACAUAUUUCCAAAGAAUGAACUUUUAAAUAUUUUUUGGUUAAAUAUAUGAAAAUCGUAUUACUAAUAAACCUCCUUAUUAGUGCACAUGCACACACACACACGUGUAAACUGUGUAAUAUUUUUGGUUUCCUUAAUUAUAAUCACUAUUUUUGUCGCCAGUUUUAGCAUGUUUACACAUAUGAAAUUCUGUGGAUUUCAAUGGUCAAUUCCACUGCGCCAAGUCUAAAAUCCAGUGAAUUUUAUUUGACAUGCGUUUUGGAAUUGACACUUAAAAUCCAAUGGAUAUCUUUGUACAUGUAGACAUGCUUUGUUAUGCCUUUUUUAAAACGAAAACACAUUGUUGUGAACAAAACAGAUAUCCCAUAUGCCUAUUAUACAAAUAUAAAUAUUUUUUAUACACACAUACAAUUUACAUUUAAUUUUCUUAACUAUUAAUUGUUUUAGUUUCGUAUAUAUUAUUUUAACUUUCAAAAUAAAUAUUAUCACAAAAAUUG